GCGUGGGGGGUGUUGGGGAGGUGCUGGAGGAUAAGGCAGUUAAGGCUGUUUAACAGCGAAACGACACUGGCCUGUGCAAAUGGGUAUAACCUGGCCUGGGCUUUCUGGGAAUAUAAUUGUGUGUGGUUUCUUAAAGCCAUGCUUAGUAGCCAGAAAUAUUUUUUUUCCCUAAAUAUGACUCUAGUUUCACCUCAGGAUUUAGGGAGGGGGAGGCAGGUAGUAAUGGGAUUUCUAUUUUGAGUACAAGGAGUGAAUGUCACUGGUGUUAGAGCACGCUGCCAGUGGGUCCCCUCCACAGGGGAAUAUGCUUCUAAGCCUUUUUUUUUUUUUUAUACCACAUAGGCGUAUCUAUUUUUACAAAUUUUUGGAAACAUGAGCAAGGCUCACUGUACACUAGCAGCCUUUUCAAGGACUACAUGUUGACCUUCUGCCCAGCUAAGUGAAUGGAAAGACUUCAACUGACCUCAGCAGGAUGAAAUGAAGAAAUGAGUUACUGAGGCUAAUAAUUUUGCCUUUUAACUUUGCUCUGGCUUCAGAAAACAUUCAGGAAUGUGACAUCCAAGAGAAGAUUAACUUUGAAACCCGCAUGCGAGAAGGCAUCUGUAAGCUACUUGCAGUGAGCACACAAAAAGACCAACUCUUGCAAGCGGUUAAAAACCUGAUGGUUUGCAAUGCUCGUAUACUUGCAUACAGGACAGAGCUACAGAACCAAAAAGAAGAGCCGGUCUUGUGCAGAAGCGAAGAAUGGUCAUCAGAAAAUGGGACAAAAGACCGGGUGGCAUGCAGAGCAAAGGUUGCUAUAUCAGAUAUUCGCAUUCCAUUAAUGUGGAAAGGCUCUGAUCACUUCAGCAAUAAAGAAAAAUCACAACGCUAUGCAGUUUUUUGUUUGUUCAGAAUGGGAGCUGAAGUUUUUGAUACAGAGGUGGCUAUUGUGGAUAAAGCAAUAACAGAUAUCUGUUUUGAAAAUGUAACCAUAUUUGAUGAAGCAAGACCAGAUUUCCAGGUGAAGGUUGAAGUGUAUAGUUGCUGUACAGAGGAGUCUUUAUAUGUAACAAACACUCCUAAGAAACUAGCAAAGAAGUUUAAAACAUCCCUCAGCAAAGCUACAGGGAAGAAACUCAAAGCUGUGCUGGAAGAAGACAGAACUGAAUCCCUUUUGCCCGAUGACCCAGUCAUCCACGGAGCAAAGUACAGUUUGCUAGCAUAUACCACUUUGGGGCUGGAAAGUGCUGAGGACAGUUUCAGGACCCACAACCUUACUAUUACAGGAAAUGAGGAAUCCUCUUUUUGGCUCCCCCUGUAUGGAAACAUGUGUUGCCGUUUAGUUGCUCAGCCUUCCUGCAUGGCUAGAGAUAUGAUGGCAGGAUUUCUUAAUCAGCAGCAACUGAUAGGAAGUCUAACUAGCUGGAGGAGGCUGUAUUGCGUACUAAGAGGUGGCAAGCUCUUUUGUUAUUACUCUCCAGAAGAAAUUGAGGCUAAACUGGAGCCAGCAUUGACAGUUUCCAUCAACAAGGAAACCAGAAUUCGAGCUGUGGAUAAGGACUCCAAGAGAAGAACUAAUAACUUCUCUGUUAUCAACCCUGUGUCUGGAGAGGCUGUGAUGCAACUUUUUGCUACUGACAGUAGGGAAGAACUUCAUAAGUGGAUGGAGGCUUUCUGGCAGCACUUCUUUGAUAUGAGCCAGUGGAAACAUUGUUGUGAAGAACUUAUGAAAAUUGAGAUUAUGUCACCACGGAAACCACCUUUGUUCUUGACAAAAGAAGCGACCUCCGUCUACCAUGAUAUGAGCAUUGAUUCUCCAGUGAAACAUGAGGGCUUAGCUGAUAUCAUACAAAAAAAAAUCGAAGAGAGUGAUGGUGAGUUCCUGCUUGGCCAGCAAAAAGAGUCUGCAUCUUCCCUAUGGGCUUCACUCUUUAAUGGAUCUCAUGAGAUGGUUGUCCAGAAAAACAUGCAUCUGGGCCCAAAAAGAGAUAAUACAAGUCCUAAUAGUAGCAGAGGAAAGAAGAGAAGAGCUCCGCCUCCACCCUCUGAUAAGUCACCAUACAGUGCAAACGCACAGGCGGACACAGAGCAACUGGGCAAGGAAAACUGGGGGACGUCUGACCGCACAUCUGCUAGUAGUUCUGCAUUUGAUUCAAAGGUAUCUCUGAAAACACAGCAGUUGCAGACACCCAUUGCCGCUCCUCGCAAAAUUGGUCCUUACAGAAAAAGCAGUUUAGCUGCCCAUGGGAAUCCCAUUUCACUCAUAAACAAGAUGGAGUCUGAAACCAAACCAGUACCAAGCCCUAGAAAGAAAUGCAUCACAGAAAUGCUAGACCCUAGAUCAUGGUUGCAGCCAUAAAAAUCAAAACUAGCUUAGAAGAGUCCCUGGAAUUUUAAGUUUCUCAGCCUUCUACUAUAACUCUUGAGUAAAAAUAGAUUUUAGCAUAUAGCUUUAACUAUUGAGGCUAAAGUUUUGGUUUUAGUUUUUUUUUCUUUUAGCCAGGGCAUUACUAUUAGCUGCAGUCUCAGCUGUACUCAUUAUCGCUGACAUCUAAAUAAUUGCAGUAGUAACAGGGGGAGUUAUCUCUGUCUGAAAUAACGGUACUGCUUCUGAAAAGAAUGGUUCACUACUUUCCCCUUGAAAAAAAACAGCAGUGUUCAGGGUAACUUGGUGUCCCUGCAGCAGGGGUGUUACUGUUGCCUUCUACUAGUCCCUCAGCUUAGCCCAUCUGCAGCUCCUCAGACUAGUCAAGUGUGAAUUUCAUAUGCAUUCCACACAGAUCUUGCAAAGCUGAUUUUCUUGGGCUCUGUGCUUGGCUUCACCUAAAAUAUUCUUAUCUCUCCCCCACUGCUUGGGAACCACUGCUUAUGAGAUCAUUUACUAUGAAAAGUUGUGCUCUUUUGAAUGGCUCUGUAACUGUAUGAAUUUCUGAAGCAGUUCUGUCAAUUUGGUGUGGGAUCUCCCAAGUCCUUGCUGGUGCAUGCACUGUCCGAAUAGACCAGGAUCAGUCUUGCGCAUUCACAGAUAAUCCAUCACUGCUGCUUAUUUCGGACUAACACGAACAUUUAAAAGCAGUACUGUGUAAGAACACCUAUUCAGGAUUUCAUUUCUAUGGUUGAUUUUUGACAAAUGGGGCUCUAACAUAGCUUCGCCUUUGUGGAGCCUCUCAGCUGUUCCUGGUAGGUAGCUAGUUUGGAAACACGGCAGUGUUACUGGUAAACAAAUAGGGUUUUUUUCACCACUCAUUCUUUCUGAAAUAGCAGAGAAUAAGUACUUCAGGUGAAAAUAUUGAACUAUGAUAUUCUUCCAUCAGACUGUUCACCAUUUUUGUAAGAAGCGUAGGUUAUUGGGGCACCUGCAAAACAUCUUGCUUAUGGAAAAAAAUCUGUUCUCCUGGAUCUACAGCUUAAAUAUCCAACCCUUUCCUUGGUUGAUGCGUUUAUCUCGGAUGCUGGAACUUAUCCAAGAGCAAAGGUCUGCUUGCAGAUCUCCCUGUAGAGCCUUGGUGUUCAGACCUGUGUUGAGAGAGUCAUAUCAGCUGAUGUAUACGUACAGUUCUUUUUGCCUUUUUUUUUUUUUCUAAAGUGCAGAUGCCUUUGGGAGCUUUACCAUUUCUCCAGAAGAUGUUGUUUGCAUGGUUGGUUGGUUGGUUUUAUCUUUUCUUUUGUCUUCUGCUAAGCUCUUGGCUGCACAGCUGUAAAGGUAUCUGCUGGGUUCCCUCAGUAGCUCAUUGGCUAUUUGGGAUGGGGCUUGAGAGGCAGGUUUCACUUACAAAUCCUUUCGCAGGAUUAUAGCCCUUCAUUUCUAGAAUGUCCUUAUUCAUUCUUCAUUUAAUCACAUUCCAUUUUCCCUCUGAAACAACCAUAAUCAUUCUUACAAUAAAUCAUGCUGUUACUUAA